UCGUAUCUAUAAUUAUAUAUGUGUGCGUUUCUUUGUUAUGGUUAUUGCAUUGCAGCCAACUUCAGUUCAGCAAAUUCCAAUCCCUAUUUAUGCACCACUGCAAGGACAGCAUCAAGCCCAACUGAGUUUGGGGGCCGGACCUGCUGUUUCCCAGGCCCAGGAAUUAUUCAGUUCUUCACUUCAACCAUAUAGAUCUCAGCCAGCCUUUAUGCAAAGCAGUCUUUCCCAGCCAUCUGUGGUCCUUUCUGGUACUGCUAUCCACAACUUCCCAGCUGUCCAACACCAGGAACUCGCCAAGGCACAAUCAGGUCUUGCCUUUCAACAAACUUCAAAUACUCAGCCUAUCCCAAUAUUGUAUGAACAUCAACUGGGGCAGGCAUCAGGACUAGGAAGUUCCCAAUUGAUUGAUACACAUCUUCUCCAGGCUAGAGCAAAUCUUACCCAGGCCUCAAAUCUUUAUUCUGGACAAGUACAGCAGCCUGGUCAGACAAAUUUUUAUAACACUGCUCAGUCACCAAGUGCUCUCCAGCAGGUUACAGUACCUUUGCCCGCAUCCCAGCUUUCCUUGACUAAUUUUGGAUCUACAGGGCAGCCUCUGAUUGCUUUGCCUCAAACUCUUCAGCCCCCAUUACAGCAUACCACCCCCCAAGCACAGGCUCAGAGCCUGAGCCGUCCUGCACAAGUAAGCCAGCCUUUCAGAGGAUUAAUCCCUGCUGGCACACAACAUAGCAUGAUCGCAACCACAGGAAAAAUGUCUGAAAUGGAACUAAAAGCCUUUGGAAGUGGUAUUGAUAUUAAACCAGGCACACCUCCAAUUGGUGGUAGAAGCACCACACCAACAUCUAGUCCUUUCCGGGCUACAUCAACAAGUCCAAACAGCCAGUCCAGCAAAAUGAACAGCAUUGUCUAUCAGAAACAGUUCCAGUCAGGAACAAAGAAUGGUCAAGAGAGUGGCGUUGAAAUUGGAAUUGACACAAUUCAGUUUGGUGCUCCAGCGUCAAAUGGAAGUGAAAAUGAAAUUGUUCCUGUUCUUUCGGAAAAAUCCACUGACAAAAUACCUGAACCUAAAGAGCAACGGCAGAAACAGCCACGUGCAGGGCCUAUCAAAGCCCAGAAGGUAAAUAUGAUUCCUAAGGUAGAUAUAAUUUUAGGAAAGCCACCAAUGCUAAUGAAAGGUAUAUCAUCUUAA